AUGAAGCCCGACAUGGAGGACGAAGCGAGCAAGAGCACGAACUCUGCUGUUAGUCUGGAUGGGCUUGGGCCCAUCAAGUUUCUGUCAAAGGAACACUUCCAGAUCGGCAAUCCGUUCGAGCGCGAGCCAAGCUCCCCGCCGUCGCAAGCUCGGAAGCUGCGCUUCGGAGAAUCCAGUUUCAUCUCGCCGGCGCCAUCUCUGACCCACGCCCCCAGUAGCACACCGACCUCACCCAAAGCAGUGUCGUUUUCCUCGGUGGACGAAGAGGGCGAGGAGGAGGAAGCGAAGGCAACCGAAUUCAUGGAGGCCAUUGCUGCGAGGCGGCACCGGACGCGACAAAAGUUCAGUGUGGCCUGUGUGCGCAGCCAGGAGGCACCCCCGAUGCAAUCGAUCAAGCUCCUCGGCGGAAGGGCCUGGGCCUGGCGACUGGAAUUUUGA